CGCAACAGCAUAUAAUUAAAUUUCCGACACUUCAGUCUCUCUCUCUCUCUCAAAAAGGUUAGAAACACGCACAGUCAAACCAAUACUCGCGGCUAAUUUUGUUCCAUAAAUAAACCCAGUCUCGCCGGAAUAGGAUUUUAAUCCAGCUGACACCUUCCUCGCCGGAAACAUCUUCACUAGCUGCCGCAAUUCAACUUUUCUCUGCUGAUUCAUCUCCCGAUCUCUGAGUUUCCCCUGUGGAUUGGAGGUACUAAAGUGAAAGACAUAAUAUGAUAGCAGAUUGUUUUCUAGUGGCUUCAAAUCCUUAGCAAGUUGAUCCAAGUAAGAGAUGAUGUGUAAUGUGUUGAACAUUCAUGGAGAAAAGUGUCUGUGGGCUUUCAUUGUGGGCUUCUAGGUGAUAUUUAAAUCUGCAGUUUGGUAUGAAAAUAUAUAUAUAAACAAGAGCUGUUGAUGAGGGAAGCUAAAUCAUGGAGGAACCUUUUUAGGAAAAGAAAACUCCAUUGUGAUUUGGGAUGUUAUGGCAUCAGGAUGAAACCGUUUAUGGGAGCUGCUUGUAUCAUAAUGCUGUAUAUUGUAUAUAGAACCACAAAUUAUCAGUAUCUGGAAACCGAGAUGGAGUCAAGAUUGGAUCCACUCUACUCAUCAAAGGAAUAUGCGUUAGCUUCCACAAAUUUGAAGGGUUUACCUCGUGGUAUUAUUGAAGCUAAAUCUGACUUGGAAUUAAAGCCUUUAUGGUCCACAAGUAGCUCAAAAUUAAAGGGCGAUGUUUCAAGUACACAUAAUUUGCUGGCAAUUCCAGUGGGUCUCAAACAAAAGCGUAAUGUUAAUACUGUUGUUCAAAAGUUUCUUACAGCAAAUUUUACAGUUAUCUUAUUCCAUUAUGAUGGAAAAGUGGAUGGGUGGCGUGAUCUUGAGUGGAAUGACAAGGUCAUACAUAUUGUAGCCCACAACCAAACAAAGUGGUGGUUUGCAAAACGAUUUCUGCAUCCUGCUGCUGUGUCCAUUUAUGAUUAUAUAUUUCUGUGGGAUGAAGACUUAGGAGUGAAUCAUUUUAAUCCCAGAAGAUACUUGAAUAUUGUUAAAACGGAAGGAUUGGAGAUAUCACAACCAGCUUUAGAUCCAAAUUCGACUGAUAUACAUCAUCGGAUCACAAUACGGAAGAGAACAAAUAAGUUUCAUAGGAGGGUGUAUGACAGCAGAGGCAGUGUGAAAUGUUCAGAUGACAGUGAAGGCCCACCAUGUUCUGGAUUUGUAGAAGGAAUGGCUCCAGUUUUCUCAAGAGCUGCAUGGCAUUGUGCUUGGCAUCUUAUUCAGAAUGACCUUGUUCAUGGAUGGGGAAUGGAUAUGAAACUUGGCUAUUGUGCACAGGGGGAUCGGUCGAAGAAGGUGGGAGUUGUUGAUAGCGAAUUUAUUGUUCAUCAGGGAAUACAAACGUUAGGCGGGGCUUCUUUUAAAAAGAGUUCUAAUCAUGUGGAUUUGUUGAAGAAACAUGGUGUUGAUGUGCGAGCUGAGAUAAGGAGGCAAUCGACAACUGAGCUUCAGAUAUUUAAAAAGCGUUGGGAAAAAGCAGUGAAAGAGGAUACAGCCUGGGUGGAUCCUUUUGAUAGAAGAAGAAAACAAAGAUGAGAACCAAUCACCCCCCACCCAGGAGUUUUGACCCUUUGUUUAGGUUAGUUUUUAUUUUAAAUUUUAAAUUUUAUUUUACUCACAUUAUUUAAAUUUCACAUGAAAUUGUUUUGACACCAAAUAUUCCAUAGUAAAUGCUCCUUCCUCUAAA